CAUCUUUAUGCGAAGCUCAGGGGCACUUCAGUUGACUGGUGAGGUUUCGUCCAACAAGUCGCAAUGAAGCCCUCGUGGAUGCUUUUGGUGGUUGGAAUAACCGUACAGUUCACCAACGCUAAAGAGUACGCCGAGUGGGGUCGUUCAGAGGGCACGGAAGGAUUUUCCAUCGGCGGCGAGCAAGUGAUCAACCCCAGCCUGUACCCGUGGCAUGUGGCCAUAUUCGUGCAGGGCAAGUACGGCGGCGGUGGAUCGCUGAUUUCGGACUCAUUCGUACUGACUGCGACCCAUGUUGUCUACAAUUUUGCCACGGAAUCGUUGGUGUCUCCGAAAAGUAUUUCGGUGAAGGCUGGCAUCGUGAAACUGGGCGAUGCUAGUGCCAAGGUGUUCAGUGUUGCCGAAAUCGCUGCGUAUCCCGAUUUUGACUACGCAAGUCUUGAUAACGACAUCUGUCUGUUGAAGUUGGAGACAAAGGUGAAGUUUGGCGCAUCGAUUAGACCGAUCAACCUUUGGGAUGAAGCUGAUAGAGACGUUUCGAUGUUGGUUUCAAAGCAAUACAGUGGACAAGUCGUCGGCUGGGGACUGGUUGAAGGUGGCGGAAAAACCAACAAUCUGAACAGAGUCGAGAUGAACUUUUUGGAUGCAGAAAGUUGUCAGAAAGGGGUGCCAGCUUUCAAACGGAAUGAUUUUCCCAAAAAAGAUAAAAGUUACUGUGCCAUUAGAGAAAACCAAACAGUUUGCAGUGGGGACAGUGGCGGUGGAAUGUUCUUGUACGAUAGCAACAGGAAGGCUUACUACCUGCGAGGAUUUGUAAGCCAAGGGGUGACCGCUGGAAGAGGCUGCGAAGCUAAUGUUCCAGUGUUGUUCACCGAUAUUGCGUUCUACUUGAAAUGGAUCGAGCAAACUGCACUUCCCAGGUGCUACAACUUACUUGGAUAUGGCGAAUGUCCAAUGUUUGGGAUGGAUGAAAACAAGUACAAAUUGCCACUCGGAAUUGCACACUUAAAUUACAAAUUCAGAAGAAACCUCCUGAUCAGUGAUUGUCAUGGAGUUCUGAUCAGCAAGAAGCACGUUCUGACUCAGGCUAGUUGUGUGGAACCAAAUCAACUUCGAGAGCUGCAAUCCAUCACAAUUGGAAACAUCUUCAUCAACGAUUACUCCGGAUCAGUUGCAAAGUACGAAAUUAACUCAGUCAACACCAACGCUGAAUUGGCAAUCCUCGCCCUCAACCGUGACGUUUCCCAACAGAUCAGCCCAAUCUGCCUUCCCACAGCCCAUGAAACGGGAUCCCCAACAAUCUUUUUCUGGACACGCAGAUCUCCACACCCGAAGAAGAUUCAGCAGGUUCACAUCGAUGCGUUCAAAAUGGGCGACAAAUCAAGCCACAUCUUCCAAGUCCCGUUGCCGGGCAACCAAACCCGGCUCGGUGGAACGCCACUUCUGUACUCCAUUGCCGACUCGCACAUGUUCCUGAGGGCGCUGGAGAAGUGUCCUUGGAAGGGUUGUGUGCAGCAGGAAACGGCACAGUUUGUGGAUGUGCUGCUCUACGGUGGGUGGAUUCGGGAUGUCGUGGGGGCGAAGAGUGGCGAGGAUGAGCUGCUGCCACCGCGGUGUGCGGUGUGAAGGUUUUGGAAGAUUGAAUGGAAGCUGGUGGUCAUUGAAAUAAAUUGAUAAAAUUAAAAUUUCUUCAA